UGGCAGGCACAAGGCAACGCACAAGAGCUGCAUUGUUAAUUUGCCAGUAGUCGACAACUCGACAUAGUCCUAAUUGGUGUGAAUUUAGCCGAGCGUCGCUGCCUCUGUUCUAGAAAUGCUGUACGAUACGAACAACCAAGCUAUGAGUGCACAACACGUCCAAGAAAGACCAAUUAGCAGUUCCUUAAGAGAGAGAGAUAGCUGUCACAGCUAUUUGCAGCUUCCGAUGAAGCAGUUUCCCGCUCCUGUACUGCUUGAGCUAGCUACCAUCUCUAACUCACCACUUCGCCCCCUCACGGGUGCAGCCAUGGAGGACCUGUCGUCGGAGCUGGACCCGGCGCUCCUCCUCUCGACUUCCGCGUCCUCUUCGUCGCCGCCGGACUCCGCAUCCCCUUCCUUCUCCUCCUACCAAUCACCCCCUCCACAAUACACCCUCGCCGUCAACAAUAUCUCCUGCUCCGCGCCUCGCGGAGCCAACACGGCCUUCUUCCCAUUCAUGUCCUCCUCCCAGAUCCCCAACGCGCGCGCCGAGGGACUCCUUAACUCGGUCUCCUUCACCGCGUCCAGCUCCAGCAUCCUGGCCGUGGUAGGCCCCAGCGGCGCCGGCAAGUCGACGCUCCUCCGCAUCCUGUCAGGCCGCGGGACCGGCUCCGAGAUCACCGCCAACAACGCCACCGUGUCCAUCAACGGGCGCGCGGUCACGUCCCGCGCGCAGCUGCGCAGGGCGUGCGGCUUCGUGACGCAGGACGACAACCUCCUCCCGCUGCUCACCGUCCGCGAGACCGUUCACUUCGCCGCCCGCUUCAGGCUGCGGUCCUCGUCCCCGCUUGAGCGGCGCGAGAGGGUGGAGGCCCUGCUGCAGGAGCUCCGCCUGUCCGACGUGGCCGACAGCUAUGUGGGCGGCGGGGACGAGUCCCGCGGGGUGUCCGGGGGCGAGCGGAAGCGGGUGUCCAUCGCGGUGGACAUGGUGCACGACCCGCCGGUGCUGCUGCUGGACGAGCCCACGUCCGGGCUGGACAGCCGGUCCGCCACGGACGUGCUGGCGCUGCUGCACGAGGUGGCGCGCGCGCGGCGGCAGGUGGUGGUGCUCAGCAUCCACCAGCCCAGCUACCGGAUGCUCGCCGCCUACGUGUCCUCGCUGCUGCUGCUCUCCCGCGGCCGCGUCGCGCACCUGGGCACGCUCGCCACGCUGGAGGACGCGCUUGCCCGGCUGGGCCACAAGAUCCCCACGCAGCUCAACCCGCUGGAGCUCGCCAUGGAGGUCACCGACCAGCUCCACGCUGACCACGCCAAGUUCUUCCUCCCGGCUGCCGCGCGCAUCCAGGAUCAUCGGCUUCACGAUUACGAGGACGACAGCCGGGGCUCACUUGGGGGGGUACUCCUACUCCAGGACGAGCAACAGCAGCAGCAGGGGCACGGGCACUACCACUGCGGCCGGGCCGAGGAGGUCUGGGUGCUGACGGUGCGCUGCUGGCGGACCAUGUACCGCACGAAGCAGCUCUUCGCGGCGCGGGCCGCGCAGGCCGUGGUGGGCGGGCUGGGCCUGGGCAGCGUCUUCUUCCGGGCACGGCCCGACGACCCGGACGGCGUGGCGCUCCGGCUGGGUCUCUUCGCCUUCAGCCUCAGCUUCCUCCUCUCCUCCACAGUGGAGGCGCUCCCCAUCCUCCUCCACGAGCGCCGGGUGCUCAUGCGCGAGGCCUCCCGCCGCGCCUACCGCCUCUCCUCCUACGUUGUCGCCAACGCGCUCGUGUUCGCGCCGUGCCUCCUCGCCGUGGCGAUCCUCUUCUCGGCGCCCGUCUACUGGCUCGUGGGCCUGCGGGCCUCCCUCGAGGCCUUCGCCUUCUUCGUCCUCGCCGUCUGGCUCAUCGUCAUGAUGGCCAGCUCCCUCGUGCUCUUCCUCAGCGCAGUGUCCCCCGACUUCAUCCUCGGCAACUCCCUCAUCUGCAUCUUCCUCGGGGUCUUCUUCCUCUUCUCCGGCUACUUCAUCCCCAAGGACAGCAUCCCGAGGUACUGGGCCUUCAUGUACUACGUCUCCAUGUACAGGUACCCGCUGGACCUGCUGCUCAUCAACGAGUACGGAGGCAGGGCCAGGGCUAGCUGCGUGGCGUGGACGGGAGGGGACGCUGUCAACGGCGUGUGCUUGAGCACCGGCGGCGAUGUGCUCAAGGGGAGAGGGAUCGACGAGGGCAUGAAGUGGGUCAAUGUCGGGGUCAUGGUGGGCUUCUUCUUUGUGUACAGGCUCAUGUGCUGGGCUGUCCUGGUCAGGAGGGCCUCCAAGACAACUCUAUGAUCCAUCGUCCCCUGUUUUUUUGGUUUUGUAUCGUAUAGAUCCGAUCGUAGCUGCUAUUAUUGCUGCUAUAAUUUGUUUGGACGUGUUAAGUCGGAAUGUAAUGUAUUUGCACUCUGUUACGACGUUUGAUUUGGAAGGCAAUUAUAAACGUACGUGCUUUUUCUACGAA